GCCGCGCGGCGGCGCAUGCGCGGGGCGGCGGGCGGCAGCGAUGGCGUCGGGGUGCCGGAUCGGGCCGUCCAUCCUCAACAGCGACCUGGCGGCGCUGGGCGCCGAGUGCAGCCGCAUGCUGGACUGCGGGGCCGACUACCUCCACCUGGAUGUAAUGGACGGACACUUCGUCCCGAACAUCACCUUCGGCCACCCCGUCGUGGAGAGCCUGCGCAAGCAGCUGGGCCAGGAGCCCUUCUUCGACAUGCACAUGAUGGUGGCCAGACCCGAGCAGUGGGUGAAACCGAUGGCCGUCGCCGGCGCAAACCAAUACACCUUCCAUCUGGAGGCCACGGACAAUCCGGGGGCGUUGAUAAAAGACAUUCGGGAGAACGGGAUGAAGGUGGGCUUGGCGAUCAAGCCUGGCACUACAGUCGAACACUUGGCACCUUGGGCCAAUCAGAUAGACAUGGCUUUGGUGAUGACAGUAGAACCUGGAUUCGGAGGGCAGAAAUUUAUGGAAGACAUGAUGCCAAAGGUCCAGUGGCUGAGGACACAGUUUCCCUCACUGGAUAUUGAAGUGGAUGGAGGAGUUGGGCCUGACACCAUCCAUAAGUGCGCAGAGCAGCUGACAGACAAUACAGAAGCAGUGGACCACAGCAGGAGGCAAAGCUGCUUUAUUGUUAACUCAAGUUAUUUCCUGCCCAAAGGAUGAAUCAUACAGGAUCAACUAGUCAUGCCAAACACAAAUGUACUGGGAGGGCUACUAAACAAGCAAUUAGCCUGUGAGCUUCACAGAGAGACACCUUGAAGUCCCUUCAGCAAAAUACGCUAAAAGUACGUGAGACAAGUCAUCUGUAUGGGAUCUGAAAUCUAAACAAGAAGUCCACUGAGUCUUCCAAGCAAGUCCCUUGAAGCCCUGAAGGCAAAUCACUGUUGAAAUUCUUUUUUUUCCCCACAGAUACCAGGAUGGAAGGCAACGAACAGUAGAUUCUCAAGGGACAGUGUGCCCUUGCUGCCUUAUUAGUUAUUCUCCAAAUGGUUUAAUUAAAUAUCCUUGCAGGAGAGUUCUCCUGGGUAUGUAAUUUGACCUUCUCACUACAAAAGAAUAUCAGGCGUGUUUCCUGCUAGCAGAGUCGGUACCAAACCAAAAGGUGGUGGAGGUGACAUAAAUCUGACCACCAGAUUUCACAAGAAUUUCUUAAGUGCAUGAGAAAAGGCAGGGACAGAGUAAGUUUUUCUCUUCCUUCUGACCCAAGAGUACAGUGCCAAAUAAGUGCAACUACACCAGGUAGGGAGCUGAGACCAUGAUGCUCUCCAAAAGGAAAGGUUCAUUUCCAUGGAGCAGGCAGCUACAGACCUAGCAAAACUCUGUGGAAGCUAGCGUCUUUGCGGAGAGUAUAUUUUCUACCCCAAGGGAGUGGCAUAAUGAUUUAAUUUGUUUACUGUGUUUAGCAUAACCUUCUGUACUGCUACCCAAAUGUGAUCUUCUUCUACUACUAAGGCACCUAAACCCUGGUUCUAGAAAUUCUCUGAAAAAGGAGCUCAAGAACAGAUAUUGUAGAUGAAGGUACAAAUACAAGUCCUACAGUUACAAGAGUUGAUAGUGGCCUGUAGCAGAGACUGGAGGGAGAUUUAGAGAUGUCCAAAGGACACCAAAACUUGCAGGUUUCUAGAAAAGGAACCACAAAAAGAUUGGAAGGACAGAAGACCAGCCUAGAGACCAGACCUGCUGGUAGAUUCACACUGGGAUUAGGAAAUGCCUUAAACCCCUGAUUAGGGGAGAAAGGGACCCCCAGCUGCAAAGUCCACAGACAUUCCCUGGAAGAAAAAGGUAGCUGCUUAUGUCUGGAGGAACCAACAGUAGCACAUGAUCUUCAAACUUAGCUCAAGAGGCAAGCAGGAAAUGCUGAAGGUUACGUUGUUCCUGACAAAGCAGAAAGAAGAAAAGUUUGGUCCCAACAGGAGGGUUGCAGGAAAACGAACACCGAGAAAAAAAACUGAGAAAACCUGCUGGGCCCACAGGCAAAAUGCCAAAUUACCUCCUGAAGAGCAACAGGCCAUGGGAACUGGCCAUGAAAGAAGAGGAUGAGAGAGGACAGACAUUAUAGCACUGGCAGCCCCGAAGAGACAGUCGCAGUGGGAGACCCAGAAUCACAAUGCCCAGGAGCAGGGGAGGUGGAGGCCUGACCAAAAGGACCCUUUGGGAGUGCUGACAGCAAGGGACAGAACAGCCAAAGGAACAAGUGACAACAAUUAUUAAUGGAGACACUCACACUUCUGUCAUCCACCAUAGGGUCGAGUAGGUUGGGAUAAGACACAUUUUCACAAUCUGCUAUUAAUACUUUAUUUUUGAAAUUUUAAACUUACCAGGAUUUGCACAAAGUCAGUGACUUUGGAUACAUACCGAUUAUCCCAAUUAUAUAUUAUAUAUUAUAUCUAGUUUAAUUAAAAACUGGU